AUAUAUAUAUAUAUCUGUGAAGAUUUGGUUAAAGUUUUAGGCGCUCGAUUUAAACGCUUCAUGGAUCUUUUGGGACCUGAUAAAGAAUUGCCUGUUUCCGUUACUCCUAAAAAUCGUUUAACAUUAAAUGAACCAUCUGUUUCUUCUCCUUCCGUUUCUCGUGUUCAGUUGAACGUAUUAAAGAGAACUAUUGAAAGCAAAAAUGAUCGCGAUUUCGAUUUUUUAGUGGGAAGUAAUUUGAGGUAUUUAAUUAAUACGAGUGGUGAUACUCCAACGAUUGUUGUUGAAGGCUUUCGAUAUAAUGCGUUACAUAUUGCUGCUAAAGUUGGAAAUUUUCACGUUGUCGAGACUAUUUUUCGUAUCAUUACUGAUUCAUCUGCUCUUCAAAAUCUGUAUGGAACUAAUGAAGCGGAUGUCAAAAUGCGUUCUGAUUUUUUACUUGAUGCUUAUCUAAAUACGCCUGAUAGAGGAGCUAAUGAAACUCCUUUGCAUGUCGCAUCUAAAUUUGGCCAUAUAAAUAUCGUGAAGUUCCUUUUGGGUUUUGAAAAAUGUGAUAAGAAUUUGAAAAAUAGAAAUGGUGAAAAAGCAAUUGAUAUUUGUUGUGCUCGAUAUGAUGGUGAAAAAAAAGAAACAAUUACCGAUGGUAUCAAACAAUUAUUCUUCGAUCUUUACGUAUCACUCUAUCGAGCUGUAGAUGAUCAUUUGGAUGUUAUUAUUUUGCCGUCAGUGAAUUCCACUACCAAUUGCCAAUUGCCAAUUCUUUUAGGUCCUUUUGUUGAUGCGAAAACUGCUCAAGAUUUUCGCGAGGCAUGGGCUCGUGAAGAAAAAAAAUUCAGAAUAUCUGAUCCUUUUAAAGGUACUGAACGAAUCGGCAGAGUUUUAGCCAAGCGUUUCUGUGUUCGGUGGAUGGAACACUGGAAAUUUACCGAUGGUCUUGUGGAUUUACAAUCAGCUGAAGGUCUAAAAAUGUUAAACGAUUAUCUACAACGUGCUCGUUACACUGAAAAAGAAUCAGGUAAAAUAAAAUCUGUGACAAGGCCAAUUCGAAUGUUCAAUGACGACAUUUUUGAGCAAAAUCGAACUAUUUCCAGGUUGGCUAAUUUACAUAUUAAUGAAGGAAUCACAAGUGAAAUUCUUGUCAAGGAAAGGGAAAGUGAUGGAAGCAUACUGCUUUCACCUAAUGAAAGCCGGCAAGAAUUAUCAAACGAACAUGAAUGUUUUUAUACUCCUCCAUCGUCGCCACCACCUGUAUAUAUUCUGGAUGAUUUUCCUUCAAAAGAAGAUGAUGAACUACAUUUGGUGAAUUUGGCGCUUAUUGAUAAAUUUUGGGCUGUUAAAGAAUAUAUAAGGGCGAUUCAAAAGAUCCCUGCUGAAGAAAGAGAUCAUUGGCCGAUGGCAGACUCGCCAAGGGCUAGAAAACGGCGUCAUUUAUAA